GGAAGGUUAGACUACUAUAAUCAGACAGUCAGUCCAAGUGUCAACAAACUAGAAAACCUGCCUCCCUCCAGAUGUACGGAACCCUAGAUGGCUUCCAAAGAGGCAUUUUCUCUAGUGUCAGGAACAGCUAGCAUUUGAAUUAUGAAUGUGAUGACCAUUUGUAUAUCAUCAUGGCAAAUCCACAGUCAAGCUGGCUGAAGCCAUGCUGUGGGAGAAGGGCUACGGUGUGGCAUGUGUUUCUGCUAAGUGCCGGAGUGAACAGCUUCUUGGUGGCCUGUGUCAUUCUUGUGGUGGUCCUAAUGACACUGGAACUGCUGAUAGAUACCAAGCUGCUUCAGUUCUCAAAUGCAACACAGUGUUCAGGGAUCAUCCACUGGAUAAGCCUGUCCAUCUUGUCGAUGUUCUUUGUGGAGACUGUGCUCAGAAUUACAGUCCUCGGCAUAUGGGAUUAUAUUGAAAACAAGGUUGAGGUACUGGACGGGGCUGUCAUUAUUCUCUCUCUAGCUCCUAUGGUUGCUUCCACUGUGGCCAAUGGACCGAGUAGUCCGUGGGAUGCCAUCAGUCUCUUCAUUUCUCUGAGGAUUUGGAGAGUAAAGAGAAUUAUUGAUGCUUUCAUCUUACCUGUGAAAGUAGAAAUGGAGGUUGUGGUGCAGCAGUAUGAGAAAGCCAAACUCAUCCAGGAGGAGCAGCUGGACAGGCUAACACAGAUGUGUCAAGAGCAAGCGUUUGAGAUCAGACAACUGAGGGCACAUCUCGCUCAGCAAGACCUGGAUUUGGUUGCAGAGAGAGAACGAGCGUUAAAACUUCCACAUGCCCUUCAGAACAAAAGCGACAGGUUCAAGGUAAUGGCUAACAGGGAUUCUGAUGAGGAUGCUACAGAGAAUAUCACAGAACUAGCACAUGAGGUAAUUACAAAGGAUGACAUGAACAAUUAUAUAACACAGUAUUAUAAUGAGCCCAGCAGUGAAAGCGGAGUUCCUGGGACAUGUAUCAUCACUACAGCGGCUAUUGAUGUUCACCACCACCCCAACAUAUCGUCUGACCUCUACUCGGCAGAUGUCCCAUUUAGCCAGGAGCAGACAAGCCGCUCCGGCAGCAUAACAUCAGUGAGUGUGUCCAGAUCUCCGGAAAGCUCGGAAACACUAGCACAGAGUAUCAGCAGCCAGGUCUUUUGUUCGUCCACAGACUGCAGUACUAGGGAGGAGUCCACAGACUACUGUCCCCUGGCCAAUACUAUCCGACACACGGCGAAUAAUGAAGAACUCUUGUCAUCGUUUUCUGACGAUGCUUCCUUCAUUCAGAAGGGGCUGGAUCCAGCUAACGUACGUCGAAAUAAUCCAGCAGGUUUACAUACAACUAGUCCUAGACGAGGCAUAAACAUAUACAACAGAGUAAAUCAGGGAGGAUUUGGAAUGUUUCAUGAUAGGUCAGUGAUUCCACUUAAUCUUCCUCUACUAGAAAGCAAAAAGAUAGACACCGAGUUCAAAUGAAG